UCCCGACUGGGAAAUCACUGUUUUCUGGAUAAUCUUUGACAGCAUGGAUCACCCGUCCUGACAGCCUGGUUCGUCUCCAACGUCUCGUAUUCUUCCUGGGGGUACCGCCCGAAGCAAAACUGACUCGAUACAGGAGAGCACGUCCUUGGAGCCAGGGGCCCUACUUGACAGCGGAUACUUGGACCGACGACGGAGCUCGCCCGAACCGACCAACAAGAUGCACCAGACCGUGCCGGCUUAUCCUUGGUCUUCAACACGCUACGCGCACACUGGCCAGAAUGACAUCCUCGCCCCUGUUCGCCGCUGACCUCGGGGCCACCGUAUUGGACAGUCUCUUUUGUGGAUAUUGUCCAAAAUGGUAAUUCAAGACGGAGCCCGCCAAUCUCCCAUCGCACUCAUGGUUCGCUCCCACCCAGGCACUUGCCUGCACCCUUUGCAUAUCCAUAUUCCAAACUUCGUAUAGCCAGAAUUAGCCCUGACCACUACACCCCCGGAGCCACAUUGUCAUGUACCAAGAGAGAGGGGUCUGACGAACAAGAGGAGCAGGCACAGGUACCUUUCUUUGCCUUUUCUUUACUGCGCUUACUUUAUACUCCCUACCCACGGCCUACAGACUCGCUCUCUGGACAGUGGAAACUGGAGAAGAGGCACAGCGAGGUCCUGCUUCCGAGAGAAAGGGCUAACGAUUCGGCUGGCCCGUUCCUGCAGAAGGAAGCCCCAUCCGCCCAUCACGGAAUCGAUGCCCUGCGGCCCUGCGGCCUGCUCGCCUGCAUCCCCUUCCCCAUCCCCAUCCCACUCUCGCCCCCCAGACCCAAGAACCAAGACCCAAGACCAAGACUCGCAGACCUGACAGUGUCAGACUGGAGCCUUGAGAGGCGAGGCGGACGGAAAGAUCCUUUCCAUGGACUCUUCUACGGUGGCCCCCCCAGCCACUCUGCUAUUGUACCAUGUGCCUGUUCCCUCAAUUCCUGUGCCCGUGCUUCUUGUGCCUUUGCCUGUGCCUUCGCCAGUGAUCCCCCUUUCCGCCUUCAGCCUGGGGCAUAUUGCAAUUGGACUGACCCAAGCUCCUACGAGAUUACCCCCUUUUCUACCGGUACCAGCGUGGCGUUGACGGCCGAGUUUUCUUCCCAUCCGUCCCGCGCUUUGCCUUGCAACCCAUCCCGUCAUUCGUUCUUGCUUGCUUGCUGGUCUGCUUCGCGGCCUUUCUCUCCUCCCCCCAUCCCAUCACCACCACACUCCUUCGAGCUUCACUUCGUCACUCAUUCCUGUUUGUCUUUUUUUUUGCUUGUACAAUCUUUUGCUCACUCGCCCCUCCCGGCGAGUAAGAGUUCACACAAAAUGUCUAAUUCAGUAUUGGCUUGGGCACUUACACUCCUUACCACAUCAUCAACCCUCGUUUCAGGCCUCAAAUACACCGCGAGCGAAGUCGAUUACAACCUCAACACCAACAGAUUAGCAAAGAGCCCUGCCGAAUACUCAGGAAAGAGAGAUGGCCACACCUUCACACCAUCACCCCCCAACUGGCGGUUUCCCUACUACACGUUAUUCAUCGAUCGAUUCGUAAAUGGCGACCCCGAUAACGACAAUGCCAACGGCACACUUUUCGAACAUGAUAUCAUGAGUAACCAGCUCCGUCACGGAGGAGAUUUGGCUGGCCUCGUCGAUACGUUGGAUUACAUUCAGGGCAUGGGGAUCAAGGCACUCUACAUUGCUGGUUCACCGUUCAUCAACGACCCGUGGAAGGCGGAUUCAUACUCGCCCCUCGACCUCACUCUCCUCGACAAGCACUAUGGUAACAUCACGGCGUGGCAAGAAGCUAUUGAUGAGAUUCACAAGAGAGGGAUGUAUGUGGUCAUGGACCAGACUAUGGCAACCAUGGGUGAUUUGAUCGGUUUCGAAGGAUACCUCAACACGUCCACUCCAUUCUCAACUUCGGAGCACAAGGUUCAGUGGAAGACAUCCAGAAGAUACCUCGACUUCGACAUCGGCAACGAAUACAAUGACUCCUGCACGUACCCGACUUUCUGGUUUGAGGACGGAAACAAGGUCGACGUCUCUUCUCAGCUGAAAGGCUGCUACGACAGUGACUUUGAUCAGUACGGUGACAUUGAGGCUUUCGGUGUUUUCCCUGAUUGGCAGCGUCAAUUGGCAAAGUUCGCCUCCGUGCAAGAUCGUCUGCGUGAGUGGGUUCCCUCAGUUCGCCAGCGUCUUGAGCUCUUCUCCUGCAUGACCAUUCAAACCCUCGACAUUGAUGGAUUCCGUAUCGACAAGGCUGUUCAGGUCACAGUCGAUGCCCAGGCUGAGUGGAGUACCGCCAUGCGAAAGUGUGCAAAGGACCUUGGCAAGGAAAACUUCAUGGUCGUCGGUGAGAUUACCAGUGGUAACACUCUGGGAUCUAUCUACCUGGGCCGUGGCCGAACCCCCUCCAUGGCCUCCGCACUCGAGCUUUCCGACGCCACGAACCUGGAUUCAAACAGCUCUUCCACCUCUGGCAGCUUCAUUCGUGAGCAAGGCAAGAGCGCCCUUGACGCUGGCGCGUUCCAUUACUCAAUUUACCGUUUCAUGACCCGUUUCCUCGGUUUGAGCGGUCAUCUCGAGGCCGGCUACGAUCUGCCGACCGACUGGGUUCAGACCUGGAACCAGAUGAUUCUCACCAACGACUUCUACAACGCCAACACUGGAGAAUUCGACCCCCGUCACUUGUAUGGUGUCACCAACCAGGACGUUUUCCGCUGGCCCGCCAUUGAGAAGGGAACUGAGCGCAUGCUGCUCGCCUACUUCAUCACCACCCUGCUUCUUCCCGGUGCUCCGCUCGUCUACUAUGGCGAGGAACAGAACUUCUAUGUUUUGGACAACACUGCCGAGAACUACGUUUUCGGUCGUCAGGCCUUCUCGGCCGCCCAGGCAUGGAAAGCACACGGAUGCUACGCGGGCAACAAUUCCGUCUACGUCGGCUGGCCCAUUACCAAGGGCAAGAAGGGUUGUGAGGACGAGACUGUCGCGUACGACCACCGUGAUCCCUCGGCCUCGGUACGCAACUGGAUGAAGCGCUUGUUCUCUUUCCGCGACAAAUAUCCCGUUCUUGAGGGUGGCUGGCUCCUUGAGCAGCUUUCCAACAAGACUCAUGGCGUCUUGUACUCGGGCAGUCCCACUGCAACCGAGACCGGAAUCUGGAGUGUCGCGCGUGGCUAUAUGAGCAACCAGAACAAGACUGGUGACCCGGUUUGGCUGGUUUACCACAACAGCCCCAACGAGACCACCUACGAGUUUGACUGCAGCAAUGAGGCAGAUGCGUUCCUCUCGCCCUUCGACGGCAACACCAAGGUCAGAAACUUGUUCAGCACCGAUGCCUCCAUCACUCUCGAGAGUUCGACAAAGGAGAACGGCUUCAAGGGAGCGGGUCACAAGGCCGGCUGCCUCAGCAGCAUCACCAUGACGCCUUUCGAGUUCCGCGCUUACGUUCCUGAUACCGAGUGGUUGGAGGUUGCUUCUUCCAUUACCGGUUUCGAGCCUGGCCAUGACACUCCCAUUGACUCCACGGAUGCCAACGGAAAGAUUCCCAUCGCCUUCAAGUUCUCGACCGAGAUGACUUGCGCCGAUGUCACCAAGGCCGUUUCUGCCUACGUCAACGUCGACGCCAACACCCAGACAAACAUCACAUUCGAUACCCCUGUGUGCGGUGCUAUGGAUCCCAUUGAGAAGGAGUCGUGGACGGGCGCUAUUGCUUCAGUCUGGAAGUGGUCUGCCAACCUCCAGAACGUCCCUGAUGGCAUUGUCAAGAUCACUGUCGACGGAGUCACAAACACCACGGAUCACUUCCUCCUCCGCUUUGGCAAGCCCAUCAACCCCGUUGUUUUCCCCGCUUCCGCCAACUACUCGCGGUCUCUGAUGCAGCAAAGCGGCACUGAAUACUUCAUCAACCAUGCCGCCCCUGGUGCUAACAAGUGGCGCUACAGCACCAACUGGGGUUCUUCCUGGAGCAGCUGGAUGCCCUACACUGGUGCGAGGCAGCGCAUGGUCCCCCAAGCCUGGGAGGGUACCGACCUCCAGAAGUGGGAGGGUGAGCAUCUCAUGGUUCAGUACUUCAGCAAGCCCCUUGGUUCGUCGUCUUUUAUCCAGCAUGCGGACAACAGUGUCAUCCCCUUCUCGCGUCGCUUCCCUCACAUUUUCCUCCACGGACCCUUUAACAAGUGGGGUUACGAUGCUGGCCUGCCUAACCUGAUGACCCAAGUCGGCGACAACAUGUGGGAGCUUCACUUCAUGUACGAAUGGCCCGCCCAGAUUCAGCUCAACCUCUGGGGCAUCAACCCUGACAACCAACCUGAUGCGUCCUUCAUUUACGGCGACCCCAACGGCGAUGGUGUCCUUGACCGUCUGCCCCCCAGCAGUUUGUCCGACAACGUCGUGAACCUGACUUCGCCGCCCCCGAUGCCUGCGCUUUCCUACAAGCUGGUUCUCAACGACGCCAACUGGAACUACGUCGCCGUUCCCCAAGGAAACAUGUGGAUUCAGAUUGUCUUCUUUUUCCUCCUCGGCCUCAUGCCCAUUAUCCUGGCUGGACUGGCUGGCUGGAUCUAUAUGAAGGGUUUCUACCAAGUUAAGAUUAACAAAUCAGGAUUCUCCAAGAAGGGUUGGUUACCACUCAAGCUCGGGAAUGAGUCCAACAUUAACUUCGGCGAAAAAGGCAAAAGUCUCGAGAUGUCCCAAAUUCCUCCAUCGCCAACCGUCACGCCAGCUGCCGUUGCAGCCACCGGUGGCGCCCCCCGAAGGAAGGUCCUCAUCGCCACCAUGGAGUACAACAUCGACGACUGGAAGAUCAGCAUCAAGAUCGGUGGUCUUGGUGUCAUGGCCAAGCUCAUGAGUCAAGCUCUCUCCCACGUGGACCUGAUCUGGGUUGUCCCUUGCGUUGGCGACGUCGACUACCCCAUGGACCACGAAGCCGAACCGAUGUUCGUUGAAGUCAUGGGCGACUCCUUCGAGGUCAAGGUCAACUACCACGUCUACAAGAACAUCACGUACGUCCUCCUCGAUGCUCCCAUCUUCCGCCAGCAAACCAAGGCCGACCCCUACAUCGCGCGUAUGGACGAUCUCGAGAGUGCCAUCCUAUACUGUGCCUGGAACAGCUGUAUCGCCGAAUCCAUCAAGCGCUUCAACGCCGACAUUUACCACAUCAACGAUUACCACGGAGCUGCUGCUCCUCUCUACCUCCUCCCGCAGACCAUCCCCGUCUGCUUGUCGCUUCACAAUGCCGAGUUCCAGGGCAUGUGGCCCAUGAGAACCGAAGAAGAGCAGAAGGAAGUCUACAGCGUCUUCAACCUUCCCGCCAAGGUCGUCAAGGACUACGUUCAGUACGGUUCCGCCUUCAACCUGUUGCACGCCGCCGCCAGUUACCUUCGUAUCCACCAGCGCGGUUUUGGUGCCGUCGGUGUGUCCAAGAAGUACGGUGACCGUUCUUUGGCCCGUUACCCCAUUUUCUGGAGUUUGAAGAACAUUGGUCAGCUCCCCAACCCGGAUCCUUCCGAUACUGGAGAAUGGAACCCCGAGGAGGAUAUCAGCAACUCCACCGACGAGAUCAAGAUCGAUGAGACCUUCGAAGCCAACCGCGCCACCCUCAGAAGACAAGCUCAAGAGUGGGCCGGUCUCGAUGUAAACCCAAAUGCGGAUCUCUUCGUCUUCGUCGGUAGAUGGAGUUUGCAAAAGGGUGUCGAUCUGAUUGCCGAUCUGUUCCCCAGCAUCCUCGAGAAGUACCCCUCUGUUCAGCUUAUUGCUAUUGGCCCAGUCAUCGACUUGUACGGCAAGUUCGCCGCCCUCAAGCUGGCCAAGCUCAUGGAGAAGUACCCUGGCCGUGUUUUCAGCAAGCCUGAGUUCACUCAGCUGCCUCCCUACAUUUUCAGCGGUGCUGAAUUCGCUCUUAUCCCCUCUCGUGACGAGCCCUUCGGUCUUGUCGCCGUCGAGUUCGGUCGCAAGGGUGCCUUGGGUGUUGGUGCCCGUGUUGGUGGCCUGGGCCAGAUGCCUGGCUUUUGGUUCACCGUUGAGUCAAUGAGUCCCCAGCAUUUGCUUCACCAAUUCAAGCAGGCCAUUGCUUCAGCUCUUGCUUGCAAGCCUAGAAAGCGUGCUCUUAUGCGCGCAUGGAGUGCCAAGCAGCGUUUCCCCGUGGCGCAAUGGAUCAGACAACUCGACACUCUGUACAACGACUCUAUUAAGGUUCACAACAAGGAGGCUGCCAAGCAGAAGAAGGCUGGCGGCAUUCGCAACCUUACCGACUCUUCCUUGAGAUCAAGCGUUGCCGUCAGCGAGUACGGUGCUGAGCUCACCCCCACUGGCUCGAGAGCUCCCUCACCUCUCCCGCCGCCGAGCCGUAUCGCCAGCCCUGCGGGCCGCCUCAACUCUCCCGACCUCCAGACACCCAACAUGCCGUGGUCGACGAUCUCCUCUUCCCGACGCAGCUCUUUCUCGAGCUCAAUCGGUGGCCGUGACAGCAUGCUUGCCCCCCGCGACAGCAUGUUUGCCAGCGGUCGUGAGAGUAUGGUUAGUGUUGACAGCUUCGCGAUUCGCGCCCAGAACGACAUCUCCUCUCCUCAGACUCCCGGCUUCGGCGACGCUCUUGGCCUGCCCCAGCCGAGUUUCUACAAGCAGCAGCGCAACAGCUCUCAGCUGUCCCUGCCCGAUGUCGUCGGUGAUCGCCACGACCUCAAGCUGCAGAAUGUGGACCAGAACUUCACUGAUAAGAACGGAGAGUUCUACGCAGAGUUCGAACAGAUGCUUAACAAGCUUACAGCCAAGAACUCAGGCACAGACCUGUGCAUCGAAAACUAUCUCAAGAAGAGUGAAAAGAAGUGGUUCGCAAGAUACAGAGACGCCAAGCUCGGCCGCAGAGAUCACAGCAGGUCAAGAAGCCCUGCGCCUGGCAGCCGCCCUGGCUCCAGCAAGGGACUCGGUGCCAAGUUCGACGUCGAUGAGCGUGGCCGUAGUCGCACUCCUAGUGGUCUCACCGGAGCGUCUCGCUAUGAUGACAGCCCUGUCGACGACGAGUUCCUUCUGGGCGACAACUAUAACGCGCCUACUGGUCUCAAGAAGAUCCUGUCCAUUCGCAUCGGCGACUGGCCCAUCUACGCCUUCUUCCUCGCCUUCGCUCAAGUUAUCUCCAUCAACUCGUACCAGAUCGUCCUGCUUACGGGUGACACCAACCAGACGCCUCUGAAGCUUUACAUCGUUGCCGCAACGUACCUAGUAACAUCAGCCCUGUGGUGGAUCCUGGUGCGCUUCACCAAGUCCGUUUACGCCUUGUCUCUGCCCUGGGUCUUCUUCGGCCUCGCUUUCGCUCUCCUGGGAAUCUCGCCUUACCUGACUCCUUGGCAAGCCAGCGCUGCUAUGCAAGACGCCGCCACUGCCAUUUAUGCUGCUGGCGCCAGCGCUGGUGCUCUGUCAUUCGCACUCAACUUUGGUGACGAAGGUGGUGCUCCCACGAAGCAAUGGAUUACUCGUGCCUUGGCCGUCGCUGGUGUUGCUCAGGUCUACUCCCUGAUGCUCUGGUACUGGGGAUCUCUUACUCACACCCCGGAGACUUCCCCCUUGGCCUUCUUCGACGGUACCAAUAUCUCCAAGGGUAUUGUCGUCUGUAUUCCUAUCGCCAUCAUGCUCUGGUCCAUCGGUCUUGUCCUGUUCUUCGGUCUUCCUGACUACUAUCGCCAGGCGCCCGACAACAUCCCUGGAUUUUACAUCUCUCUCGCCCGCCGCAAGCUUGUACCCGUCUUCUUCAUCAUGAUCAUCAUCCAGAACUACUGGCUGUCGGCGCCUUACGGCCGCAACUGGGGUUUCCUCUUCUCCUCGCAGUUUAUCCCUGGAUGGGGUGUUGUUCUUCUCGCCCUUGGAUUCUUCGUCGUCCUCUGGUCCAUCAUCCUCUACGUCUUCUCCUUCUUCUCCGAGAGCCACACAUGGCUUCUGCCAAUCUUCGCCAUCGGCUUGUGCGCUCCUCGUUGGGCGCAGAUGCUUUGGGGUACCAGCAGCAUGGGCAUGUACCUUCCCUGGGCUGGUGGCCCUGUUGGCUCGGCCAUCCUGUCUCGCUGCCUGUGGCUGUGGCUUGGCCUCUUGGACAACAUCCAGGGUGUCGGUCUGGGUAUGAUGCUGCUCGCGACGCUGACUCGCCAGCACGUGUUGGCCGUUCUCAUCGGCGCUCAAAUUGUGGGCAGUGCCUUCACGAUGCUGGCGCGCGCGACGAGUCCCAACGCUCUCUCGCCCAACACAACCUUCCCUGAUUUCUCCCAGGGCCUGAUGCCCGGAGUCUCAAGUUACUGGUUCUGGAUCUGCCUGGGCUUCCAGCUGGUGAUCCCCAUCCUCUUCUUCAAGUUCUUCAGAAAGGAGCAGGUAUCAAAGCCUUAAAGAGAUCAUGCAAAUAUUACUGCGAUGCGAAACAAAAAACACAAAUACCCGGAGGCCGCGAUGCGCUUUGCGCCGCAAAACAAAAACGCCGCGCCGCGCCGCGCCUCUUGUCACGUUUGGUCUUUGGGUCAGGGGUCCGGUUCACUUCCGACUUAUGGGGCCUAUCUUGGUUGUAUAAUGAUGUAUAACUUCUUUUUAUAUACACACACAUAACUAUCGCGUUUGAACAAAAGCGUUCGUUCAUGGUCUACGAAUUGGCUCUCUCGCGCGAGCGCUCGCAUAGCCGAGGGGGAAAAUAGGGACGAAGGGGCAAAAAAGCCUCCGUCACUUUGCAUGUUAUUUCUCAUUCUCAUUAACAAAACACAUACACGCCGUUCUCUGGCCUCGUUGAGAGUUGCAGAGAGCGGCGGGAGGUUGGGAGGCGAAAACCAAUCUUUGACGGCAACAACGCUCAUGGAAAAUUAUUUAGAUUUAGACUCACGCUAUGUCCUCG